AUGGUUUUCCACGCAUCAACAAGCACUUCAACUGUAUCAUCAUCAUCAUCUUCUUCUUCUUCACCUUCACCUUCUUCCUCAACACCAGCAUCAGCAUCUUCUUCUAAAUCACUGAAUCACCUCAAACAUUCAUCAUCAAGUUUAGCUCCCGACUCGACGGCUAACACCCCAACUUUUCAACUCUCCCCGAUCCUGUUGGUUUCUACUCUUGAUGGUCAACUGCAUGCACUCGAUCGCCAAACUGGAAUUUGGAACUGGACUCUCAACGAUCCAAAUCAUACCUCCAACGGUUUGCUCGACCGUUGCGGUCUUGUUGAUUCACCUUGUCUCUCAGCCGAUCAAUCUCAUUCAGAUCAAGAUCACGAGCUCUAUGCAAUCGAACCUCACAACGAUGGCGACCUAUACGUCUUCGUCAAGUCUUCAUCUCGCCCCUCUCGCCUUGAGAAACUCCCUCUCUCGGUCUCCCAACUCGUCAAUCUUUCUCCCUUCACCUUUCCAGGCGAUUCUUCUAAAAUGUUUAUCGGCAAAAAAGAGUCUCACUUGAUCGCUAUCGAUCUCAAAACUGGUUCGGUAGUCAACUCCCUACACUCAAAACCUAAACAGGGCUCCUUGAAAGGAAAGGAGAAGUCCUCCCGGUACGAUCAUUGUCAUCCCCGACCUUCAUUUCAAUCGUCAACCAGUCAAGCUGGGUUGGGUAGAGACGAUACUUGUCCCGUCGAGUCGGGAACUUCGAAUCCAUCAAUGGACCCCGAGGAGAAUCAUGAAUCCAUUGAUCAUCGUCCCAGUGAUCUACUCUACAUUGGUCGAACAGACUACCAGGUAUCAAUAUAUUCAAAACCAAAUACACUCAUCCAAUCAUUGCGCUACUCCACCUAUACCCCGUCCAACCUUCCUCACAGCUUACAAACCAUGUGGACACGGACACCGGAUGAGUUAUAUCUGGAACCCACUCACGAUGGCAACCUCGUUUGUUUCCAAGCUACAUCGCAAGUUACCAGUACUCCAUCGAAUCGCGCCGAGCAUACGAAGAUUAAAUGGCAGAACUCGUUUGACCAUCCAGUUACUAGUAUUUUUGACGUCGUCUUUCCCAGUGCUCCUAACGAAACUGUAUUACCUACCGAUCAAACCUCUCCGGAUCCCGGGCCAAGCAAAGUAUUGGAUGAUUCUGCCGAUAGCGCCUCAAAAUCUACCACUCUUCAACAACCAAUCAUCUUCGUCCAGCCCAAAUUUUUACCACACAAGGAUGAUCAAUCUCAUAGCAAAUUUUCACCUGAAGAGGACCAGUUUAAUCUUUUCAAGCAUCUCCAUUCUCAAAGUUCAUUUUCUACUCCUUUUCAACCUACCCAUCCAGCCGGUCAGCGGAGUGCUUUCGUUGGCAAAUAUCAAGAAUCAUUCUAUGUGAUGUCCCAACAAAGCUAUCCGCUUGUUGUCUUCGCACCAUCCGCGUACCAAACUCUUGGGCACGAACCAUCGAUUGGAACACAUCAUCUACUCAACUCUCAAGCCCUGAACGGUUUCCUUGAUUUCUCAUAUACCAAUCGUUUAUUAGAUCCUGCCACCGGCCAAAAUCCGCAUGCUUCUGGCAAUUCUCCCCUAGCUCUCGACCCACCCCCAAAGCCUUUGACUCUUCCCCCAUCCAAAAAAGUGGUCGAUUCCAAGCUCAGACCGAAUUCGGGCUUGAGUGAUGUCCCCAUCUCUUCAACCCAUACCAACGUCGUCUCGGACUCCGAGGAGCUACCCUACGAAACACCUAUGCAACUUCAUCAACGUGCAGCUCAAAUUUCUUCCCUGUUGGUUAGGACGUUCAAACAGCAGCUGAUGCCCAGUGAGGGGAGAAGCUCGGUGUCCAACGGAAGGUCUGAUGAUCGAUUUCCAGAUUUGAACCCGCUGCUGACCAUCUUCUUGGUAUUGGUGAUAAUGAGCUGGUGGGCCUCAAGGAAAGUGGGCUCUCCGUCAACUGCUCGAUGGGAUCACUUACACCGAUUAGUUAAUCAAGCCUUAGGUAGCAAUGACUCUUCUAAAGCUGAGCAAGGCCCCAACUUGAAAGCACUUGGCACGGCGGACUCCCGGGAUGGAACUGCAACGACUGAGGUACCAACCACGAUACCAAUCAAAGAAUCUGAAUGUCUUACAAGUGCCGAUGGCUCCUCAGACAAACCCCUACUCUCCAAUGGUGAUAAUGAUGAUGAAUCUCUUCCUGCUUCGAAGCAGAAACCCAAGCGUAGAAGGGGAAAGCGUCCUGGCCAGAAAGCCGCGGCUGCAGCGGCCAGGGCCGAAGCUGAGGCAGCCAAGGCUCUCCUGCCAUCAGCUCCAUCUGAUUCUUCCCCUUCACACCUUAGCCCAACCGAAGUUCCCUCCACUGAACCAAGAACUCCAGAGCCCAGAACACCUCAAAAACCCAAACCGAACCAUAAGAAGAGCAAAUCAAGUUCUACCAAUGGGGUUGGAGUCUCUCGCCCACUCGACCAAGUUACCCCAACAGCUGCAUCCGUUAAUCAGCCGACCGUGAAUGACAGUACACCCAAUCCUGCUACAAUCUUGUUUAAAGUAAACGGUCAAGAUCUGCACGACGUCCAGCCAAUUAAUUCGACAGCAGAAUUUUCUAUGAAUGAUUAUGGUGGUUUCGACCCGCAAAGAGUCGGAUCGCUGAUUGUAACAAAUGAAACGAUAGGGUAUGGAUCGCAUGGUACUGUAGUUUUGAAAGGAACUUUCCAAGGUCGACAGGUUGCGGUGAAACGGCUUCUGAAAGAUUUCGUUACAUUAGCAAGUCAUGAAGUAAGCUUAUUGCAAGAAUCCGACGACCAUCCAAAUGUGGUACGAUACUUCGUCAAGGAAUCUCUUGACAACUUCCUCUAUAUCGCAUUGGAACUCUGCAACGCAUCUUUGUUCGAUUUGAUUGAAAGGAAACAAUUCAAGGAAUAUGAAGAGUUAGACCGAAUCUUCAAUGCUAAAAAAGCCUUGAAGCAGAUCUCGUCGGGUUUGAGAUACCUGCACAAACUCAAGAUCGUCCACAGAGAUAUCAAACCACAGAAUAUUCUGAUUAGCCUCACUAGGCCGUUACCUGUUAGCAGCAAGACGACGAGCAAGAAGUCGGGAGCAAGCUCGGCCGGUAAAAGCUUUAGGAUGCUAAUAUCCGACUUUGGAUUGUGCAAGAAGUUGGAGCUGGACGAAAGUAGCUUCGCACAGACUGCGAAUCAUGCAGCUGGUUCUUUCGGGUACCGGGCCCCAGAGAUCUUGAAGGGGCAGGUAAACUUGAAUGAACAGAGCAACUCGACUGCCAGUUCUAGUAUGAUCAAUUCCACCGUCCAAAACGCGGCCGCAGGCACCAACGGAGAAUCCAAUGGAUCCUCCUCGACAUCCAAUCCAGAAUCAUCCCACCAUCGACUGACUCGAUCGAUCGAUAUCUUUUCAUUAGGAUGUAUUUACUACUACGUUUUGACCAAAGGCGACCAUCCCUUCGGCUCUCGUUAUGAAAGAGAAAUGAACAUCUUGAAGGACGAAGUCUGCUUAGAACAAUUGGAUGGGCUCGAUGAAGAGGCCUUCGAAGCACAACAAUUGAUCAGAUCGAUGAUCAGAUCGAAUCCAAAAGAGCGACCAACGGCAGAGGAAGUAUUACAAAACCCAUACUUUUGGGAGCCCACGAAACGGUUGAACUUCUUGUGUGAUUGUAGCGAUCGGUUUGAAAUCAUGGAACGAGAUCCGCCAGAAGAACCGCUGAUCCGAUUGGAAGAUCAAGAACAGUUUUACAGAUAUGUUCAUCACAAGUCUCUCCCACUCAAUCCCCUGACCCCCAACAAGAACCCACACCACAAGGGUCUCGACUGGUAUAAAAUCAUCGAUAGAGGCCUCGUCGACAAUUUGGGCAAGUAUCGUAAAUAUGAUGGUGGCUCGAUUCGAGACUUGUUAAGGGUGAUGAGGAACAAAAAACAUCAUUUUCAAGAUCUGCCGGACGGGAUCAAGAAAGCCUUAGGAGAUAUACCCGAAGGGUUCUUGAACUAUUUUAGCAGAAAGUUCCCGUCCCUUCUGGUCCACGUCUAUUCGAUCAUCUUGGAAAGUAAUCUGAAGACUGAAAACCUGUUUGCUACUUACUUCGAUCUCGAUGAAAUUUGAUCCCCUCUUUUUUUCAUCACCACCACCACAUCGACAACCACAAGAUUGACAACCGCAAGAUUGACAACCGCAAGAUUGACAACCGCAAGAUUGACAAUGAUAAAAAAAUAGUAUCAAUGAAUCAGUUAAAAC